UCCGAGGUAGCUUUGGUGCUUCCCUUCUGUGAGCCAGGAAUCUGAAAGCGCUGAGUUGUUUACAGCACAGCUCCUGGGUAACUCAUUGACCUCAGCAUUAAGCUGCACUGCUGGGAAACAGAGGUCCCCUGGAUGAUAAGCUGCUCUCACAAGAAAUUCUUUUCCUUGUGCGAGGGAGUGGCUGUGUUGUGCCUGCUUGCCUGGCUUGUAAACACACACAGCAGUGCUGCUAUCCUCAGGCACAACAGUGCCCACACAGUCCCUCUGGGGCACUUUCUGAAGGGUCUAACCUGCAGAGACACCUAGGGAGAAUGCUGGGGAGCAGUGCGACCUUGUGCCAAUGAAGAAUCAGCUGCACAGCUUUGCAAAGAGACCAGGAAAACGGGGCUUGUUUGUCCUGUACAAACAAGGCCAGGAAAAGGAAGUUGCAGCAUGUCUGGAGGGUUGCAAAGAAGGCGAAUCACAACAAGAUGUUGGUGAAGAGCCGGAUUCCUGUUCUCCCACCUCAGCCGUUCUUCUGCCAACUUGGUCCAGUCUGCAGAACUACACAGCUGAGCCUCAAGAAAAAUGUUUCCUGGAGGAGACCAUGGCAUCAGGUAACCCCAGGGAGCUGGAUCCAGGCGAUCAGCCUGCACAGGUAGCAGAGAGCCCUCUGGAGACCGAGUCCGUGUCAUUGGCUGUAGGGGAAGGAUUUCCAACUGAGAUUGCGCUCGCGUUCUCUGUUGAGAGUCGCACUUCUCGGUGUGUCAACUCCCAGCUGCAGGAGGCAGCAAGGAAGAAGCUGUGGGCCCUGGAAAAUGAUGACAAGGAUGUCUCUGAUCUUUUCAAGGAGCUGUCAGCCAGGCUGGUCUGUAUCCAGGCCCAGAAGGAUCAAUUCCUCCUCACCUUCAAGACCAUAGAAGAAAUCUGGAAGUUUUCUACAUAUUUGGCUUUAGGCUACGUGGCUUGCUGUUUGGAGCAUCUUCUCUUCGACCACGGGUACUGGCUGAACUGUUCUUUGGUGGAAGACACUGAGAUCAGAAUUACUGUAGAUGAAGAUCAACUGGCCACCAUGUACCUGGGUCUGCUACUACAGGAAGGUCACUUCUUUUCCAGAGCAGUACUCAAUGUUCUUCAACCCAUGGAGGGGGGAGAGGAAAGCUUAAAGCUCAUUGAGAACGAGCUAGUCCACGUGAAGGACAUUGGGAAAGAAUCGAAAUGGGAAGGGAUGUCCUUAUCGACAGGUCAACGAGGCCUGGUGGCUGUGGCAGCCAUACAGCCAUUGUCCCACCCAUUUUACCAGUGGUUUCUGAAGAACAACCCAAUGAGCUGCGUCAUCUCCAAGGAGAUCAGCGGGUCAACCUCUCAGCCAAUUGGCAAGGGACAUUGCACGGCCACAGAGGAUCACAGAGGGAGAGGAUGGGAUGAACUGAGUUUCUCCAAGGGAGACAGCAUAGACGUUGUUGGUUUUCUUAUGCCAGGACUGCAGUGGUUUGUGGGGAAAUCCACAAGCAGUGGGACCAUUGGCUUUGUCCAGAGCAAACACAUAGCGGCAGAGACUUGUGAACCUCUGGGAAAAUGUUCAGUGUUUCUAAGUGAAGAAGAGAAAUCCUCCCUUCUCCUCCUCCCUGGCAAUGGCAGCGAGCAGCAUUACGCCAGCCUCCUCGAGGACCUGGCCCGCACAGACAUCACCUCUGUGUACAGGCUUGCUGGUUUCGAACCCACAGCCAUAUUCCCAGGAGGGCCAUCUGAGGCUGCUCUCCAGGGAUGUAAGGAUGUCCAGCUGUUCAAGACCUUUGAGGAAGCUGCUGCAGACGGCCUGUCCACACCUAGCAACUCAGAGCAGUCUAGCCCAGAAGGCGAAGCACCUCCCACUUCCCUGGAAGAAUUUCUUCUGCAGGAACCAUAUGACCUCGAUGACCCCAAGUUCUUUAUUGACCUGAACGCUGGGCACAUGGAGGACUCUGAAGUCUUUGACCCCAUACUGACCUUCCUUAACCAAGGAUGCUAUGUGGCCCCUUUCCAAAGCCUCUAUGACCUCUCCUUUUCCUUCCUCCGCUCCACUUUUUAUGGCUUCUCCGAUGAGGACAAACUGGUCUUGUACCUUGAGACCUCCAGAAACUGUGCCAAGAGGACUCACCUAGGCUGGGCUCACAUCAGGCUCUGUUUCCUUCUGGGCAGAAUGUGCAUCAAGAGGGUAAAGUUCUCCCAAGCCCGAGUCUAUUUUGAAGAAGCCAUGAGUGUCAUGGACAAGGGGUUUGAUGACCUGCCCCUACUGGCUGCCCUGCAUGUGAACCUUGCCGCCAUCUACCUGAAGCAGAAGAUGAGGCACAAGUUCUCCUCCAUGCUGGGGAAAGCAGCGGCCCUGCUGACCUGCUUGCCUGGACACUGUUUCAGCUCCGAGAAUGAGUUGGAGGUUGUGAAAUACAUCCUGAGGGAAGCCAUCAUCGUGGGCAAUGCCCCCUUGGAGGCCCGGGCCUGCUUUCUUGUUGUCAAGCUUUUCCUGCAGUUGGGCAAAUAUGACGAGGUCCUGCCCUUUGUGGAGCGCCUUCAGUUCCUCUCUACCUGCUUCUCCAGCCAGGACUCCAGUGCCACAUGCUUGGACACCACCCCUAUUCUGAGCUACCUCUAUGACAAGAAGUACUUGCCGCACAUCACGUUGGCUUCCACCAGGCUGUUUGUUCCCAGUGGCAUAAAGGGGGCACCGACACCCAUAUGGAGAGCUGGCUUAGUCCUCCAAAAUACCUCCAAGCUCUUGGGAAGCCAGCUGGACAAGAGCAGAAUCCCAGCAAUUGCUUGCCUAUAUCUCAGGCAUGCAUUGACCUUCUCCCAUGAGAGUGGAGCUGUGUCCAUGCAGAAGACCUUGUGUUCUGUCUUGUACAAAAUGUACCUCCAGCAUGGCAUGUUAGAUGGAGCACUUUAUUACUCGGCCAGAGCUGUAGCCCUUGGCAGGCUGAUGAGUGAGGAAGAGGCCUUUGAAUCUUCCCUCUCUUUGGGGUGGAUGUAUGUUCUGGCCAGCCAGCCGGCUAAGGCUACGGAGAUCAUGUUGCGGCUCCUGCCUUCUCUGCGCGAGACAGACAGUGUUACUCAGGAUGGGGCAGUUCAUAACCUCUUGGCCAUUGCCCUCAAAGAAGAAGGACAGGUGAAGAAGGCAGCAGAGAAUUACCUAUGGGCCUUAAACAAAGCCAAGGAGACUGGGAACAGGCGGAACCAGGCUAUUGCCCUGGCCAACCUUGGACACCUGACUCUCUCGUGCAGGGUGACUCAGCUGGCAGAGAGCUACUUCCUUCAGUCUGUUCAACUGUACUUUGAACUUCAGGGUGGGGAAGAUGCAGAGAUAGAGCUGGUGCAGGUCCUGCUGUGGCUGGCACAGGCCAUGGUGAGCAGACACAGGAUAGAAGACAGCAAACUCUGUUAUGAGCUGGCACUGGUGUUUGCCCUGAAGUCACACAAUGUGAAGAGUCAGCUUCAUAUCACUGAGUCCCUCUGCCAUUUCUACAGCAAAGUAUCCCCAAAUCUUGGGGCCUGCAUUACCUACCAUGAGCACUGGGUAUCCCUGGCACAGCAGCUCCGGGACAGAGAAAUAGAAGGGAAAGUCCUGCAGACCCUCAGCCGGCUCUACCAGACUCUAGGCAUACCCAAGUCCCUGAGACGGUCUCUGGACUGCACCAAACAGAGCUUAAGGAUCUUCAUCGACCUAGGGGAGACAGCCAAAGCGGCUCAGGCCUGGCUGCAGGCUGGGAGGCUCUAUUAUCUCCUGCAAGAGGAUGAGCUGGUGGAAAUGUACUUCCAGGCAGCCAUACAGACUGCACUGAAAUCAGGGGAGUUGUUCUUGGCCAUGGACCUGUAUGAAGAGGCUGGGGAUAUCUUUUUCAAUGGCAACCGAAACAGGCACCAAGCAAUGGAAUAUUACAGGGGAGGGGCUGUACCUUUGGCCAGGAAAUUGAAGGCCACCAGGACAGAGCUGCGGCUGUUGAAUAAGCUGGCAGAGCUGCACGUUGGGCUGCAGGGCUACGAGAGGGCCCUGGAAUUUGCCACGCUGGCAGCCAGGCUCAGUGGCAGUGUAGGAGAUCAGUUGCAAGAGCUGGUUGCAUUUCACCGCCUGGCUACGGUAUACUAUUUUCUGCAGAUGUAUGAGAUGGCAGAGGACUGCUACCUGAAGACACUUGCCCUGUGCUCUCCAGUGCUGCAAUGUGCAGAAGAGGCCAUGUAUUAUUCCAAGGUUUACUGCCGCCUUGGCAACCUGACCCUGCACAAACUGAAGGAUGAACACGAUGCCGCUGCCUACUUCCUGUUGGCCUUGGCUGCUGCCACUGAGCUGGGAGACCAGAAGCUCCAAGGCGCCAUUCAUGCCAAGCUGGCUCUCAUAUAUAAUGCUCCCCUGUGGCACAAGGGCCCGGACUGGUGUGCUACAUAUCGGGCCAGGUGGCUGAGUGAAGGAGGACAUGUCAUCUGAGAAGCCACCUCAUGGGACCCACAUGCUCCAACAUAGGAAACAGCCAAACCAAGUUAUCUUCUUACCUCAUUGCUGAAGGGCGGCCAUGUGCCUUCAGAGCAACAGCAAACAGCACACACGUAGUCCUCUGUCCCAGCCUGUUCCCGAACCAGGUUAUCCUCGCACGUCAAACAUUCAGACAGAAAGACCAGCUGUUUGGGACGAGACACCUUCCGCUGAGCUCACUUGCAGGCUUUGCUCUUGGGUCACCUGGAAACCAGAAGAAAUCAUCAUCCCAGCCUGGUCAGUUAGCAUUAACAGCAAAGUAGGAGACACCACCACCACUAUACCGUUUAUACCCGCUGCCAGACAUGACUCACUGCAUGUGCUUUACUAUGUGGGUAGAGCACAUGCAGUAUAUGUGGGUAUAAGUGGCAACUCAGUUAUCAGCCUGAGCUAGGAUGGAACCAAAGUCCAUUGUUUGGGAAUGCACAUGAUGGAAGUUAUGGAAGUGGCCACUAGAUGGCACUCCAAGAACACAGCUGAUCUGAGAGGAGGCAUACUGAAACUGACCCCAAUGGUGGGAAAAUGUUGUGUAUGGUCAUCAGUCUGGUGCUCAUUCAUCUCAGAGAAUACACCCUUCCCACCUGUAGCCCUACAGACUUGGGCUGAGCAAAUGGCCUUUGGGGCCAUCGGUGGGAACUUUGGCUCUAAUCCAGGGGUAUUUUCACUUGUCCGAUAGCGGUUGUAUUAUUUAUUUCUGUAUUUUCUGUUCAGUAUUUCUCCUGUGAGGGGACAGAUGAGCUACAUAGGUGUCACAAGCACACAGGGUUAAUUAUAAGGCGUCCCUCCCACAAAGCACCACCAACUCCUUUUAGUGAGAAGAAGGCAAGAUGUAUGUUCCAACAGCUAGUCCAGCCCCCGUCUGGGGACAGUAAAUAGGUGGCAUUUUCCCAUGCAAGAGGGAGGAACUGUCCUCCCGAAAGCCACAGGCAAAGGGUAGGACAGGAUUCUGGCUUUGCAGCAUGAAGGGGAAGAGGGAGGAGCCCAUACGUCAGCCUUCUGCCUGCACAGGUGAGGAGAUUGCUACGCUGCAGCCCUUGCUGUCACUUUGUGCAAAGCUGCAACAUGCAUCCCUAGUCAUACCCCAGCAGGUGCACAGGGAUGAUGAGCCAGGGCCAUCCCCUCAGCCACAUUGCCCUUGCCUCCUAGGGGCUGUGCUGCACCGAUAUGUCAGAUGGGAACCCAGACUAGCUCCCAAGAGACUGCACUAGGUCUGUCUUAAUAUUGAUGUCUACUGGGAAGAGGGGGUGGAAGAGGCUCUUCUCUCUGCCCAGCUCUUUCUCCCUGUCCUCAGCCCCUCUGCACAGGGACAGGCAGACUUUGGCCUGGAUGUUGCAGAAAAGUAACCAGCGUCGCAUUGCACAAGGAGCAGCAGCAGGAGUAACUGUUGCCUGUAGUAGCAGUUAGCCCCUCUGUAUUUUGUUAGGUCAGGAGGACGGGGCUCACUGUGAUGCUUUGAGGUGCACUGGGUGCUGGAGAUGUAGAAAGACACUUUAGAGCGUGGCAAUGGAACAAGCAGGUAGGCAAGUGCCAAGUACGCACAGUGCUACUGAACACCUAGCACCUGACAAUACUGUAACUCCCUGCUUAACAUUGUGUUAUGUUCCUGAAAAAUGUGACUUUAAGUGAAACGAUGUUAAGUGAAUCCAAUUUCUCCGUA